AUGCAGAAGGCAAUGAAAAGCGCAGAAUAUAUAAAAGCUAAUAAUAACUGGUUAGAUGCCCAGGCCAACGCUAAAGCAGCCCAACUUAUAGGGUCAAUAAGGACAAAAAUACAAGCGGAUGAAGACAGUUCAAAUGAAGCUUUAAUGAAUGCUGACUUUAAGAAUGCCUUCGAAGCUCUUCAUAGUAAGGUGAAACUAGUGAACGACUUCUCAUCUGGAAAGAAACUGAAGUCUGAAGGUUUCGACAAAGAGUUAAGAGAAGUAGCACAAAAUAUGACGAAAAUAACAGAUGCAGCAACGAGACAGGCAGUUCAAAGUGCCUAUGACGCCGUUAGAGCAACUGUUGUGGAAAGUCAAGAAAAAGAGUUACAACAGACCAAAACAGACCUAGUAAAUGCUUUCUUAAAAACGAAAAGUCAGGUAGGACAUUAUGCUGCAGAUGGAACAUAUGUGCCAGCUGGUGGAACUUAUAUACCAGCUGGUGGAACUUAUAUACUAGCUAGUGGAACUUAUAUACCAGCUGGUGGAACUUUUAUACCACCAAACCCUUCAAGAGAAGCACCUGCAGCAGGACUACCUAAAACAUUUACAUCGUCACAUGGACACAGACGCAGGCAUGCACCACAACAACAACAACCAACAAUUCAAAAUCCAGCACCACAACAACAACCAACAAUUCAAAAUCCAGCACCACAACAACAACCAACAAUUCAAAAUCCAGCACAACAACCACCUCCACAACCAACAAUUCAAAACCCUGCACAACAACCACCUCCACAACCAGCACAACAACCACCUCCACAACCAGCACAACAACCAGCACAAACAGAGCAAGGACAUAAAAGAAGUAGAGAACAAGGAAACCAAGAAUUCUUAAAAAUGCUUAAGGAAAAUUAUGGUUACCCAGAUACUCUUGACUUUAGUGACAGAUAUAAAGAAGCUGUUAGAAAGUUCAAGGAAGGAAAUACUGACCCGAACCUAUUUAGCUUUAUGGUUCAGCACCAAAUGGGAUAUAAUUUCAAACCUGGAAAAUACAAGCUCGCUAAGGGAUAUGAUUUAAUAGCAUAUCAUCCAAAUGACAUGACUGAAUUUACUCCGAGAUAUU